AUGGGUUAUAAAAAAGCAACUGCUAAAGUGUAUACCGAAGAGGAUAUGCAGAAGGCAAUAACUAGCUGGAAAAGGAAAGAGUUUAAGUCGAUUCGGGCUACAGCACUCCAUUUUCAAGUUCCAGUUCAAACACUACGUGACCGAAUGGCUGAACGGAAAACUAACGCAACAGCCCAUGAGGAGGCCCAAAUACUAUCAAACGCGGAAGAAAAGACCCUAGAACAAUGGAUUACACAUCUUACCAGUACUGGAUAUCCAGCAACUCCAGCGUUGGUCAUAGAAACAGCUGAACAAAUUCGCCAGGGACGCAUCAAGCUUAGCCCCUCCUUACAUCCUCAGCGUACUCAACUACCUCCAAUUGGCCACGAAUGGCUCUACCGGUUCUUAAAUCGAUACCCUAUACUAAAGGGAACGUACUCUAAACAAUUAGAGUCGGCAAGACAACAAGGGGCUACAUACAAUAAGAUCUCCCAGUGGUUUAGUGCGUUCCGAUCGCGUUUUGCUGAACAGAAGUACGAACUCCAGAACGUCUACAACAUGGACGAGACGGGAUUCGCAGUAGGAACCACCCAAUCUACGCAUAUAAUAAUCGAUUCUACUCAGAAAUCUAGCUGGAAGGCUACACCUGGACGGCAAGAAUGGAUAACUGCAAUUGAAUGUGUCGAUGCUGCUGGUGGGGCUCUCCCACCCAUGGUUAUAUUCAAAGCCAAAAACACCAAUUCAAGCUGGAUACCACAAGAAGUGUCAGCGGAUUGGAGAUUCUCAACAAGUAACAGCGGUUGGACUUCAGACAGUCAUGGAUUUGAGUGGUUGCGGACUGUAUUUGAGCCUGAAUCUCGACAAAAGUCUGGAGACAAACCACGACUACUCAUUGCAGAUGGCCAUUCCAGCCAUAUAACUGGCAAUAUGAUCAGUUUCUGUAUCGACAACAACAUCGACCUCCUUAUUCUACCCUCCCACUGCUCCCACUUGCUCCAACCGCUAGAUAUAGGGGUAUUUGGCCCAAUGAAGAAAUACCAUGCGCUUGAGAUCGAUCGGCUUAUCCGCACUGGCAUCACGCGAUUCCAGCGGGCAGAAUGGGUGACACUAUACCAAAUUAUCCAUAAAAAGGCCUUAUCUAUCGAGAAUAUACAUAGCGAAUGGAGAGGUGCUGGUUUAGUUCUGUUUUGUAGUAAUAGAAUACUUAAUCAGCUACCCGUACCCUUCCAGCCUCAACCUAUUACCCCCCAGCAACCAAGAAAAACCCCUCAGCUAAACCUCUCAAUAUUGAAAAGCUCUCCUCCUAAUAGAACAGAACUCCGGGAAGCAAACUCAGUAUUUAAUUCAGCUCUAGCAAGUAACAAGCCUACUGCAAGUCCAACCCGUCGAUAUGCAAAACAAGUAACCCAGCUACUCGAAAAACAGAAUGCCAAACUUAUAGUAAUUCGAAAGGAAUUUGAAGAAUAG